AUGGGGGGCACCCAGCUGACUCGGUCUGAAGCCAAAACAUCCUCAAAUCCUCGACUGGACUCUGGAGAUGAGCUGAACCUGCAGCCCAUCUCGGCUCCAGUAGACGUCUGUGAGAUCUCAGCUCUGAACACAGAAGUGAAGGAGAAGCUGAACACAGACUCGGAGCUGUCAGAGAAGAUCCAUGCGGUUCCGAUCCACCGGCGUCCCGACCUGCUGCUUCCCUGCGCCGACCUGGUCAACUCCGAGUGGCAGCGGAGUCAGGCCGCCCGGGUUCACUCCCUCCAGAAGUCCUGCUCAGAGUUCCCCGUCUGCCUGGUGCUGCUGCAGGGCCGCAGGGGGUCGGAGAGGCUGCUGGGCCACGCCCGGCUGUCCCGGGUCGUGGGUCACGGCGGCAGCCUGUUUGUGGAGUCGGUGGUCGUGUCCCAGCUGGAGCGAGGGAAGGGCUACGGCCGGACGCUGAUGGAGGAGACGGAGCGCUACGCCAAGAGCCGAGGCUUCAGGCGCCUCUGCCUGACCACCCACGACAAGCAGCACUUCUACGCCCACCUCGGCUACGUCCUGUCCACGCCGGUGCAGAACGCCGGCGCCAUGACGGCGUUCGUUCCCAUGGAGACGCUUCUGAGGUUCUCCAGGAUGCCGAGCGAACAAACAAAGACAGACGCUCGAGUAGGGACGGGGAGCAGGGACUCUGGAGGAGGCUGUGUUGUAGGGCCACCUCCACCUUCUAGCUUAGCUCCUCCUCCUCCUCCUCCUCCUCCUCCUCCUCCCCCUCCCUCCUCCAUCCCUGCGCCUCCCCCACCUCCUCCCCCCUCCGCCCCUCCUCCUCCUCAGUCUGUGGAGCAGCUCGUGGUUCAGACUCUGACUGAAACUCCCUACAGAGACGCCAAAGGAGUUCCCAUCUACUGGAUGCACAAGGACAUCUGACAGUCGGACACACUUAGAGAUACAAUCACCCACUUUAACACACACUCAGAUCAAACACACACACACACACACACAUGCUGCUUUCAGACACACAGAGAACCAAACAGACACACAACGGUGCUAGCAAACCAAAGACGAACACUCAUCCUCAGUGUAGACUUCACCCUCUGGAGGUUUUGUGCAACAUUUUUCGCCACACCUGUGAACAUAACUUGAUGUUUGAAGUCUUUUUAAACUGCAAAUUGAUCUUGUGCUGCCAGUGGAGUGUGUAACUCGUGCACCAUGUGUUCCUGUACGUCAUCAGUGUGGCAGCGAGUAAAGUAUGAUGACCUGAAACUCAGAAAAAGUAGAUCUGAAAGGUGUUUUAGGUGUUUCAGAUUGUUUGCACUGAGCCGGUCCUUGAACCCCUCAUCGUUGGUGUGAUGCUGAAACUUGAAGCCUCCAGUGCAGCGAAGGACUUCUCAGGCCGUAGAUUCUUGUGUGCAGCAGUUAGACUAAUGGAAUAUUUGCAUAUUCAAAGUUUGAGGGUUUUGUCACAGACACAGAGGAGUCAUUCUAAACCAGUGAACCAAACUGUUGUGUCAGAAAGUCCACAUCAUAAGUAAAUAUUCAAAGCACUUCAUGUCUUGGAAGAUGUCUGGAGGUGGGAUCACGACCACAGUGAUGCUGGUUUUAUUUAAUCCAGUUGACUGUAUGUGAAUUGAUGAAAGUGAAACACCUCAGAAAUCAACAUCCAGUCUUCAUGUGCUGCUGGUAUUUAAUUCUGUGACGCUGUGAUGUGAAGCAGGAGCUCUGAUCGUGCCUUGUUCAACCACCAGACGACUGAUGCCUUAUUGGAUUUUUAACGAUUUGUUACAGAAAAAGAUGGUUGAAAAAUGAUGGAAAUAAAGAGAAUUUAGUUAUAAA